AUUCUAUUAAGCGCAGCCACUUAUACAGUGCACCAGCACAAAGGUAAGAGUCUAGACCAGAGCCCUGACAGUCCACUCAUCUCGGGAAGAGGGCAGCAGAAACUGACGCGCAGAGCCAAAACCUACGGUGCGCACACACACCCAGACGAGACUCAGAAGGGACAGUUGGAGCAUUUUGGAAGCAAGACGCGCAGGACAUCAGCGCACCGAGCACACUUGGACCUGACAGUACACCUAUUAAUCCCCAAAAUACCUGCAGCAUAAAAUGGAGCGAAAAAUCCCUGAUUUCGCCGGCACUUGGGAGAUGAAGACUUCUGAGAACUUCGAGGAACUCUUAAAAAAGUUGGGUGUGAACAUGAUGCUGCGUAUGAUUGCGGUGAAGGCAGCCUCUAAGCCCCUGGUGGAGAUCACGCAGGACGGAGAGACGCUGUCCAUUAAAACCUCCACCACCGUCCGCACCACCCACAUUACUUUCACUGUGGGGCAGGAGUUCAAUGAGAUCACUGUGGACGGACGCCCCUGCACGAGUCAUCCACGCUGGGAAACCGACAGUAAGAUCAGCUGUGAGCAGACUCUGCAGAAAGGAGAAGGGCCUAAAACAUCCUGGACCCGAGAGAUCACCAAUGACGGCAAACUGAUCCUGACCAUGGGAGCAGACAAUGUGAUAUGCAGCAGAGUCUACGAGCGGCAAUGAACAAGAGCACUUCUCACUUUUUGUCCCCCCCCCCUCUCCUCUCCUCUCCUGCAUCACCACCACCCUUUGUUAAGGCGGCACUGGGAGAUAUAAGUCUCUAGUUAUUCCAGUAUCUCUGUUAUCUUCACUAUGUAAUUCAUGUGGUAACUGUAUCUAGUAUUUCACAUAUCUACACGAUGGUCUUAGCUCCUGAGUUAUCCCGCUGUCUCUCCAGCUCCAGCAAACAUGACCAGCUGGGUUUUAAACACGAAAAUAUGAUAGAUUUGUUGAUUGACAGCUCAUUUAUCUGGCAUUGUGUGCGUGUCUGUGUGUGUGCGUGUGUGUGACUACAUUUGUAGAUGUGUAACCAAUCUUUGAGCUCUCAGGUCAGUUUUGAUGUGCCCCUUCCUCUCUUUUCCUUUAGCCCUGCUCCACAAAUUUAACCUUUUCUAUCUCAUGACGACAUUUUAUAUUUAUUACCACACUAGGAGUCUGAUCCAGUACUGCUAAAGUUUUUACUCUGUCUCUUUUUUAUGAAAUGUGAUCCUAGGAAACAACACUUUCUAUGGAAAAACAAUAAAGCACGAUAUUAACUCA